AUAAUAAGAAAUCUACAAAAUCGAAGAAUGGCUUAUGUUAGGCUUGCUCCUUUGGCUCUCUUCUUGCUUGCCACUUCCACAAUGUUUCCGAUGAAGAAGAUAGAAGCAGUAGACUGUUCAGGUGUUUGUUCAACGUUUGAGAGGCUACCAUGCAGGUCACUUGAUUGUCGCUGUAUCCCUAUUGCACUAGAUUUCGGUUUAUGCUUUAAUCGAACUGGACUUUCAUCUGUGGCGAAGAUGAUAGACGAACACCCGAACUUAUGUCAAUCUGAUGAUGAAUGCAUGAAGAAAGGAAGUGGCAACUUCUGUGCUCGUUAUCCCAAUAACUACAUCGAUUAUGGUUGGUGUUUUCACUCUGAUUCUGAAGCACUUAAAGCUUUCUUCGCCAUGCCUACAGCAAUCACCAUGUGAUAUGUGUAUGCCUGUGAUGCAUCUACCACUACUUCUAUAAAUCAAAAGAGUUUAACAUCCAACCCAUAGUUGGUGACUGUACUCUCUUGGAGGAUGAGUUAACAUGGAUAAUAAUAUUUUCGGGAAAGUGAUAUUUU